UGUUGUUUGGUUGUAAAACAGCGGUAAACCGCUAUCUUUGAAGCUGUCAUAACAAAAGGAAACAUUUUAAAGCCUCCCACAGCACUGGAGUAACAUUGACAAUCGAUUUUAUACGAAAAUAUUAUAAUUUACUCAUAAAAAAAUUCAAAAUGCCAUCAAUUGCUGUUCUGGAAAAUGCAGAUGACAACGAAUCGUCAUGUACUUUUGUAUUUGAAAAUGAGGGUCACACACUUGGCAACGUUUUGAAGGCGAUUAUUUGUCGAUAUCCAGAUGUAAAUUUCUGUGGUUAUACCGUGCCUCAUCCAGCUGAUACAAAAAUGCAUUUACGAAUUCAGGCGUCAAAGAAUGUGCGUGCUGUUGAUGUUCUCCGGAGAGGUUUGGUGGAUUUGGAAAAAGUGUGCGAUCACACAAUAACAACAUUUGAGAGUGCAUACGAUGACUUCCAACAAUUGAAUUAAAAAUAGUAUCAUUAAUUUUGCCAAUAGUUUUACAAUCUUUUUUAUCGAAUUAUCAAGCACGAAAUAAAUUAAAAUAAUGAUUCAUUCAUAAAAUGUGUCAUUUAAAAA